UGAGGUACCUACGCGCUGCUCAAACCAGCUAGCAGACCCAAUGAUUUACCUGGCAGACCUAAGUGAGGCUGCAGCACAAAACAGAAAAAAUAAAGUUCGCUUCUUUGUAUAGUUUUGUGUUUAGUCUGAACCAGUCGCAGCAUUUUGAGCACGGUCGUGAUCGGCGUCGAACAGUGGAACCUCCCCCGGGACAGACAACAGCGUUUUAGCGCCCUCAACUUUCUGUUAGCGCGGAUUGUGUCAUUCUUCAUCUUGUUCGCAUCGGCAGGCAACGCGUAGCCUUUCGCGCAGCAUCACGAUUUCGGUUGAAUGUUUUCGUUGCUGCGCGUGUUCAUCAAAUCCUUCAUCAUCUUCUCAGCACAGGCGUUUAGCAAAGCAGACGACGGCUAAGUAGUGGCUGGCAUAAUUGACGAGGCACAAAAGUGGAGAAAAGAAGUAAUCAGUACAGUUACAAGCAACCUUUUACCUGCGUAAGCCACUGGCAGUGAUUAUAUGUAUGUUUAAUGCGAACCCUAUGGUAUUGUGUGCAAAUUGGUGAAUAAUUCCACCUGAGAAACCGGAAGAUGGCAACGAUGAUAGAGCAAGCAGUGACCCAAAAGUUCCACAACCAGGAGACAAUUAUGUAUCUGUACAAGUUAGGGUGUUUAGAUUAAUUGAGUGCUGUGAACGGAAUUGACUCAAUUGGAAACAUUGAAUACAAGCCAUUAUAAGCCAACACUAGUGAAAUUAGAACAAGAAACCGUGAGGGAAGAAUUUCAAGUUAAAUAAUAUCUAACUUGCUCGGAGCACAUCCAACCACUGGUAGCGUGACUCCAGCCGAAGCCGAAUAAACAAAUAACUCUAAAAGGGAGACUUGAAAAAAUGUGAUCCCAAUUUUGCGUCUUGCUGCAACCCAGCGCUCAACCGUGUGUGCGUUGACUGGCGAAUUAAUAAUUCAGUGUGCCCUGAUCGCGUGUAGAUCGCGCUUAGAGGCCAGCCAAUCUUGAAUGGAAACAUUGAGGGGGGGAAAAAGUAUGAACCAACAGCCUUAAGGCCAACCAACCGAAGUGAACGUUAUGGCAGCGUCGAAUCGUAAUCGCAAAAAUAUUCUCACGCUGAACGGUGGAGCUCAGCUGCAUAAUAAUUACCAUCUUCAUCAUCAGCAGACCCAAUUGGCACAGCCGCAAUAUCCGUUUCAGGAUGGCACUGGAGCUGGAAGCCACGUUGAAGGACUUCCGAAGCCGUUCGUAUCCGCUAUGCGCACCUUGUUUGAUAUAAUGGACGACCAGAAAACCGGUUUCGUCAAGCUGUCGGACAUCGAGGACCGCUGGCAGGACGACGGGACCAAGGGGCUGCCACGGGGUGUAAUUGAUAGUUUGCGCAAGGUUACGCCCCCAAACGGACUGCUUUCGUUCGAUCGUUUUUGCGGUGGACUCAAAAUCUGUCUGAUUCGCAAUCAAACCGAAGCAUGCAGAAUGAGCCGUCUGUCUAAAGAUUCGGAGAAACUACCGCUCUCCCCAACCAAGCUUUCUGUGCGCCCGCCGUCAGCUCCACUGUUGGACUUAGACACGAUGACUAAACCAUCCUGGGCAAGUAAUAAUGCGAACACUGCAACCGUUCGACCGAACAACGCAAUGCCUGCGCAGAAAACGCUCAGUAUGCCUCAGCUGAACCCCGAUAGUGACAUAGAUCUAGUCCUCGAGUCACCACCCAUCAUCCUCCCAGGUGCCUUCGGACCACCGAAACCACCCCGUGUGGCGUUGAAUCUCGAGCGAAAUCAAACCAAUUCCAACAUCGACAAGGCGGAAAUACGGAACGCUCUCCAAAACUGGCAAAUGUCGCUUCUAAUGAGCGAAACGGACAAAUCCGAUAAAACCCACCUCCGCCUGGCACGCGGACCGGCCGACGGUCAAAUUGAUCUCUCGAACGCAAGUUCAUCACCCUCGUUGGGUAUGCACACAACCGGUCUGUACCAGAAAAAGGCAAACAGUGCCGGUGGUGGCAGCAUCGGACGGCGACGGGAACCGCGAAGACACACACUGCAGAAUGGCGUCGAUUACAAUAUGCUCAAGCGGCUGAAGCAGAUCGAGCAGGAGAAAGAUAUCCUGCUGCAGGGUUUGACGGCGGUGGAGAAGGCCCGCGACUGGUACCUGAAGCAGCUGUCGAUCGUGCAGGAUAAGAUCAAGUAUUUGGGCCGAUGUGGGACGCAUGUGGAAACGUGGACCGACGCACAUCAGGAGCGGCUAGAUUUGCAGAGGGCACGAGUUCUCGAGGUGAAUCGGCACUUACUAACGCUGGCCGAAAGCUGGGAACGGGGUGGAUUUCCAAUGCACAUGAAUCUGGCGCUUCGGCCGCCAGGCUCGAACAUGUCUUACCAGCAUUCUUUGCAUCAGCGGGCCCAGGCCCAAUCGCAGACGCAGACCGGUUCGACCAUUAACCCCCAGCAGACGGAAUUGGUCCAGCGGUUGAAGCAACAGAAUGUCCAGCUCUCGGAGGAAGUCAAUCAGAAGAACGAAAAACUAUCACUGCUGGAGAGGGAGAAAUCAUCACUAAUUAGAGAGCUGUUACAGCUGCAACGGGCCAACCGGGCCGGUAGCAUGACUUCCAAUACCGAGGAACUGGUGUUUUAAUUGUAUCUGAAAUAGAUUGCCUAUCAAAAUCGCGCGAGCAGUAUUGGAUUGCAGCCAUUGGAGAUUUCGUACGUGUUUAAUCUGAGUUACAAUCGCGCUAGUCAGUAGCAGAUUAAAGAAGAGUAACACAUUUAAUGUACGAAAAUAACUGAGAUGUGGUUUUAACAAACAUUUUGGUACAUUAUGCAUUUAUAGAAAAAUAAACAAAAUUUUAACUGCUAAUAAUUCAUAGGAUUGUCUCCGUCAAAACUUUGUGAAACAACAAGUUACAAAUAGCUUAAAUUACUUUUAUUUGUACAAUAAAAAAACGAGCUUAUUUA